AUGUUAGAACAUGUGAAUGAUUACUUUAGCAAACGUGAGGAAAUAGUUAAUGGCAUUCAUGGUGCACCAGUAAUAGCCAAAGAGUACAUACGUGGGCAAACAUCAACUGGGAAUAGAAUUAAGGUGUCUACUCUUAUGGGUGGCUGGGAUGUGCAUGAAGUUCCUUAUGUAUAUGAAGUUAGUCGUGAUGAAUUUAAGCGAGAAUCCAAAUCCUCGAUUAGCAAGGGAUUUGCAAGUGGAAGUGGUGGUCCAUAUGUUUGGAAAUACUUGAAUUGUUGCAAUCUGAAAGUCCAUAGUUCAAAUGAAUUGUUACAGCAUUUGAUAAAGGCUUUAUUAUAUGCAGCCCUUUUUGAUGAAUGUAGCGGUGGAUAUGUGCGUGUGUUUCAGGUAACAAAAACAGAUGCUAUUAAGGUAUAUGACCAACCGAUUCUGCAAGCGCUUUUUGAUGAUCAUUACGAUGCCUUAGCUAGAUAUCUUUCCAACUCAUUGUUCUUCCUCUUUGACACAAAUGAUUACAAGUAUACACAUGACAUUAAUGCAAAAGUGAACAAGGGAUUCGAAAGACAGUUUAUAAAAAAGAAAUAUAAGGGGAAUGUUGUCAUAAAGCGAGGAACAACAUACAUUGUACGACUCGUACAUUUUAACAAACGAGUUGAUAAACUAUAUGCGAAGCUGAAACGAAAAACUGGUCAACGGACUGUGCCUCGCGAAUUUCAAGAUCUAGAGUCAGUUGAAAUUGAAAAAAUUGACGUAGCUGAUAAAGUUGGUCCAAACAGGCCACCUAAGCCUCCCCCUGUUCAAAAGCCACCCUCACCACCGCCUGCUGAAUUGGGAGCAAUCGGAGCAACGACUGAAGACAGUACUUCUUCAUAG